GGUAUCGUGGCACCCCGGUACAACACUUACGUCCUGGUUUCGCUGAUCGGACUAUUGCUUCAGACCCAGUCCGCCACGGGCGGCAUAUGCUGGUCUUCCAUCAGUAACGGUCGUUGUAAGGAAUUGUUGUCACAAGGAGUGACGAAGGAAGAUUGUUGCGCGUCGAACGCAGCGGCAGCGACCGCAUACUCCGAGGAAGACCUCGAUAGUGGAAGUCUCUUUUUCUGGAAGGUACUUGGAGGAGGUGUCCAGUGUCGUCCUUGCAGAGAAAGCUGCACGGAAGUAAGGUGCGAGGAAGGGAAGAAGUGCGUGGUGCGUAGAGGAAGACCAAGGUGCGUGUGCAGUCCUGAGUGCAAGGCACCAAGAGGAGGAGGUCCAGUUUGUGGGACAGACGGCAAGAGCUACAAAAAUUUGUGCAGACUGAAGAAACGCGCUUGCAAGAAGGGAAGCCACGAACUAGCGGUUGCCUAUAACGGCCACUGCCAAAGUUCGUGCGCACGAGUCCGGUGCGGCCAAGGCCGGAGCUGCGUGCUGGACCAGAACCUGAGCCCGCACUGCGUGAGGUGCGCCCGCAGGUGCCCCCAGCCGCCCCCGCAACAGCGAGCCGCCGCACGCCCCGUUUGCGGGGCCGACGGAAACACCUACAAGAGUGCCUGCCACCUGCGACUUGCCGCCUGCCGCGCAGGUCGCGCCAUUCCCGUCGCCUAUAAGGGCCACUGCAAACAGAACGCAGACUGUACGACGAUUCGUUGUCGCGAGGGGCAGACGUGUCUAUCGGAGAUGAAGUCGGGCCGACCACGUUGCGUGACCUGUACCUAUCGGUGUCCCCGGAAGCGGGAGCGCGUCCGGAACCGGACACACCGUGAUCGAGAUCCAUCGGCGACCAUGUUGUGUGCCACCAACAAUAUCACCUAUCCAAGCUGGUGUCACAUCGUCAAGGACGCCUGCGCUACCGGCUUCGUCCUCGAGACGCGACACGCCGGCCCCUGCAACGCCUACGACACCUCUCCUCUCUAUAUCGAGGAGGACAACACCUCGAGCAACUACGGCGUCGAUCUGGCGGAUGAGGACGCGAGAUUCGAGGACGCCGAAUCCCUCUCGUACAACGGGCAGACGCAUCGUUCUUUGGCGUUGUCGUAGCGCGCGAUCGAUCGAUCGAUCGGUCGAUCCUGUUCGCCAACACGACACGAGUCGUAGAUUUCUCCAUAGGUGCUCGCUCGAAGGAACCACGCGGAUAGGUGAAACGUGUCGCAAACGGAGAGAUAUCCUCCGAUCCAUUCGCGAAUCCACGAACGAUCCACGCGGAUAAUCGAAAAGUAAUCAGAUGAAAUUCAUUCGUUCGCGGAUCUACGUGGCCGAUCGAAGAAUAAUAAGUUAAAAUUCAUCAAUUCGCGGAUCUACGAACGAUCGACGUGGGCGAUCGAAUAAAAUCGAUCGAAGAAUAAAAUUCAACGUGAAAGAAUCAGACGACUACCGCGUCCAAUUCUCUAGAACCGAUCUAGAUCGUAUUAAGGAAAUGUCACGCGAGAUAUCGUGUGAAUUUCCGCUCGAACUUCCGGAGAACUCGAGGAACGACGCGUAACAAACAUGUUCGCGCUUCCUCUUCGCAGGUUAUACAAGAGCGUACAUAUAUGAACGCCAUUAAAAUCGCGUGGAUGCACGAGCGGCGAGAUUCGUGCCGGAUAAUGUAGAUUAAGGGCAGAUCAGUAUUCUUUUCUCCGUUUUCGGGAGGAUUUCGAGGUUUCGCAGGUUCGUUCGCGUACAAGUGACGAUUUCUUUUUGUUUUUUUUUUUUUUUUUCAUUCGAAAGGAAGCGGAAAACUGGCGAAUCGAGACUAAUUUAACACUUUCGUGAUCGAAGCGCGCGAUUUGCUACCAGUCGGGAGCCAUUCGCGCAGGUUUGUAUCUAUUGUCUCGGUGUACAUAAGUAUUUCACGAGUUUGACGCAGACAAUUGCGUAAGAAAUUGAUUAUUUCGCAUUUUGAGAACGUUUGAUAGUGUUGUCGGUUGUUCGAAUAGAAAAAUAUCUGAAUUUUUAAAAUUUCCAUAGUACUUUCUGUGAAAAAGGUAUUUUCGAAGUAUCAUUGGUGAAUUUAUUACAAAGAUAAAGUGUUUCUCCGAUGUUUUUAAGAGUACAAUGUUGGUGUAUAUGUUAACUCCGGUCGAUGAAAAUCACUAUUAUAAUAUAGAUAGUGUACGAAUUAAGCGAAGUUGUAAAUUGCUGUAAGUAUUGUUUCGUCAUCUGCUUUCUUUCUUUUGCCUUUUUAGCGUUAUUUUUAUUCGGAUCAGUUUUAAUCGAUAAUGUACCACAGUGUUCUUUUGUAUUAAUUUAUUAUAAUGUUAAUUAAUUUAUUGUUCGAAAUAAUAUGAAUAAACGAAGUCUGAUUGGAAAA